CGUUACUAUUUGUUUUCAUUUCUUUGACGUUGACAGAUAAAACAGAACCAAAAUUUUAUUGAUUAGUGAUUUUGUGCGUACGCGAAUUAAGCUUUUCUUGAAAACCGAUAUCUACUUUGCAAAUUCUCAUAAUAACAAUGACGAUUCUUGCGAAAUCAUUUUCGCAAAAGAAAAGCGACAAGCUCGUAGUCCCCCUUGUGGAAAAUGAACAAGUUCCAAAGGCGCCUACAGAUGAGGACGUUGAAUCCCAACGGGUCCAUCGUAGAAUUAUAAUUUUCCCAGCUCAGGCUCACCGUGUGCCAUCUUCGACUACAUUUUGCUUGCUGAUUGUUGCAUUGGCAGUUGUUAGCAUCGGCAUUGUGGGUGGCAAAUUUCUCUAUGAUGAAUACAUUAGUGUUACUAGGAGAAUGCCUCCUUCCAAAUUCCAAGGAUGGGCAAAAAUCCCAAUUUCUGAUAAUCCUGAUGAUGACAUUGAUGAAAAGUCGGUUGAUAUUCGAGACUUCGGAAAAUGGAGUUCCGAAAACAUGAAAGACUGGCAGAGGAUACUGAACAGGGCUUUCUUUCAAGAGAAUUUCGAAAUCGACGAUGAUAAGAAAUAUGAAAAGAUUGAUGUUCCCGAUUUCCGGAAUGGACGGAAUGGCCGUUUUAUCCACGAUUUCAAUACAAAUAUUACAGGAAUCAUCGAUGUUACUGGUCAAAGGUGUUUCGUAAUGCCACUGAAUAGAGGUAAUGUACUGCCGCCAAAAUCUCUGUUUGAUUUGGUUCACAAGAUGUGGGAAGGUUAUUAUAAAGUGGAUACCGAAGUGAUUCGAGAGACCAUGAGGGUGGUUACACCUCCAAUGACUGACAAAAGGGAAAUUGGCGUAUAUAUUAACAAUGAAUGUGAAAGCAUGCCUAUUUAUAAAUUGGAGAAAUUUGUAUCGGGAGUUGUUAAAAGAUCUGCAAUGUUGCACUCCGAGGCCAAGUUUGCUCAAUUUGCAGGUAGAGGCAUUUUGGAGCUGGAUAUUAUGAAUUUGGAUGACGUUCUGAAUUAUGAAGAGCAACAGAAAGUAUCAAUUUAAAAUUACUAAACUUCCCUUUGCUUUGAUGAAGGCAAGUUGAAGCAUGAAUAAUAUUUACUAUGUUAUAAGAAUUGAUAAAGGUAUGCCUACCAGACUACCUGUUUAAAUUAUAAUGAUUUUUAUAAUAAAUUGCUGUAUAGAAUAUGUAAGUUAAAGUUCGUUGGUAGUGCAAUAGGUUGACAUAUCAGUUCAAUAUUAUAUAUCCAUUUGAAUUAGAUUGAUCAAUAAAUAUAAAAUAUCUAAAAAUAAUUAAUUUUUCUUUCCUAACUUGAUAAUUGUGUAAUUUGUCAAAGUGUAGAAUAUUCAAAACAAAUAUAAGACACAAAUGGAUGUGUUUGGUUUUAGUUGCACCAUACAUUUAUUUGUUUUUAUUGAAGUAAUAACCGAUAAAAUGUUUAUACAUUUUGUGGAUGAAGUUUGUGUUGAAACGCCAUAUUGAGAAAGAAAAAUAGAAGCAAGUGAAGAGGUGAUGUGAGUUUUCUUAUAAAAUAUCUUCAGCACAAUCUUUUUUUGUUUUUAUUUAUCAACCUCUUUUUAUUUUUACUUUAACAAUCAUAUUUAAAACAAGUUGGCAACCGGUAGAUAUGAAAUAUCGCUAAAUUCUUUAAAAUGAUUGAUAAAAAUCAAAAAAUAAUAAAAUUCUAAAACCCUGCAUUUCCACGUACUAAACAAAUCAUUGUUGCAUCAACGUGCGUUCAUGUAGCAGUUUAAUUUUCGAAUUUUUUUUAAAGAAGAAACAUUUUCAGUCACUAUUAUUAUA